AUGCCCCCGAGAAAAUCAGCAGCCACACCUAUAUUUGUCAACAAGGAGGAUGGAAACUUCCGCGAGGCAUUGAAGUUGUAUGACCAGAAGCAGUACAAGAAGGCUCUCAAGCUAGUCGAUGUCAAUUUGAAAAAGAAUGCAAGCCACGCCGAGUCGUUGGCGUUGAAAGGGUGUAUAUUGUUCCACACGGGCAACAAGGAGGAUGCGGCAACUUACAUUGACAAGGCAAGUAAGAAGGACCCCAACAAUUACCUUGUGGACCAUUUGGUGGGACUCUACUACCGGGCGUUGGAGGACUACGUUGAAGCUGCAAAAUGGUUGCAAGCUGCCAACGAGAAUGGUUCUCCAAACAAACCCAUCUUGAGGGACUUGUCGUUCAUGCAGGCGCAGAAUAGGGACUACAAGAACUUGAAGGACAGCAGACAGCAGUUUUUGGAGCAUGCACCGGGUUUUCGAGCCAACUGGACGGGACUAGCUGUUGCUCAGCAUUUAUGCAAGGACUACGCGGGAGCCGUUUCCACACUCACCAAGAUUGAAGGAAUAAUCAAGGAGCACUUGACGGCAAGCGACAUGUACGAGCACAAUGAGUGCAUUCUCUACAAGAAUCAAAUCAUUGCAGAAUCGGGCAAUUUUGCAAAGGCAUUGGAGGAGCUCGAGAGUGACAAGGACAGCAUAAAGGAUCAGUUAUCGUAUUUGGAGUACAAGGGGAAGUACUUGCUCUUGUUGGGGCGCAAGGAGGAAGCAUCAAAAGUUUAUCGUAUGCUUUUGAAAAGAAACCCCGAUUGCGUCCACUAUUACUCAUUAUUGGAAACAUGCUUGGGAAGCACGAGCAAAACGCCAGAGGAGAGAUUGAAAUUGUAUGAAAAAUUGACCAAAUUUUACCCUCGCUCCGAUCCACCGAAAUUUAUACCAUUGACUUUUUUACCAUCAGACUCGCCCGAGUUUGAAAAAAAAUGUGGCGACUAUAUUAUACCCCAGUUGUUGCGCGGAGUACCAGCAACGUUUGUCAAUGUUAAGCCAUUAUACCAGAGUCCCAAAAAGCUCGAAAUCAUUGAGCAGAUAGUCUUGGACUUUUUGGAGCAUGAAGCUCCAAAACAACCCAACCCAACCGUGACUGUAUGGUGCUAUUAUUAUCUUGCCCAGCAUUAUUUGUACAAAAAGGAUUUGAAACUAGCGCAAAAGUAUAUCGACCUAGCCAUCGACCACUCGCCAACAUUGGUGGAGUUGUACAUAGUCAAAGCUAGAAUCACCAAGCACGAAGGAGAUCUUGAACAAGCAUCGGAAAUCAUGAACGAGGGGAGGUUGUUGGACUUGCAAGACCGGUUUGUAAACUCCAAAGCCACCAAGUACAUGCUCAGGGCAAACAGAAUAAACGAAGCCAUUGAUUGCAUCUCGCUCUUUACAAAGUUGGACGAAGGUGCCGUGAAUGGGUGCAAAGACUUGCACAUGAUGCAAGUUAGUUGGGUACUCGUUGAGAGCGCCGAGGCAUACCACAGAUUAUAUCACCAAUUAAAAAAGCAAUUACAGGAACUGGACUUUGAAAAGGAAAGCGAGGAAUACGAGGAAGCGGUGGAAAAUGUCGAAAUCCACAGAGCUCUUGCCUUGAAAAGGUUCAAUUCGAUUGUCAAGUUGUACAAGACUUUUUUCAAUGACCAAUACGAUUUCCACUCCUAUUGCUUGAGACGUGGUACCCCACGAGACUACAUUGACACCAUAAGAUGGGAAGACAAAAUCAAAUCGACUCCAAUAUACACCAGAGCCUUGAAAGGGUUGGCCGAGAUCCAUUUUGAGAUUUACCAGCAACAGCAGGAGAAAAUUGAUGGCGAUCAGCUCGACGAUGUGAAAAUCAAGAUGAAAAGUGGAUCCAAAAAGCAAAAGAAAGCCAAGGUUCAAUUCAAUAAAAAGAAGGCUGGGCUCAUUGCCAAAGUUGAAAGCGAGAAAGACGAUGAAGAUCCGUUGGGACUUAAAAUGCUUCACGAUUUGGAAGCAUCUGAUGUUAUUGAGAAAUUGUCCGAACUAUUCCAACCACUCAGCGAAGAGGCACCCCGGCUAAUCUUGACGUGGGAUGUGCUUUACCAAAUCUAUGCCAUCCAGGGCAAAUACGUUUUAGCAUUGCAAGCGAUUAAGAAUUUAGAAAAGAUUUUGAAUAGAACCGGAGACAAGAAGAAGAAGCAAAUAGGUGAUAAAGUCAUCAAUCUAUCUCAAAUCUCGCACAAGGAUUCCGGAGCCAAUCAAGCUAUAGUGAAAGUUGUUGAAAAAGGUUUAAAUUCAGCAUUUCCAGAAUUUGAAAAGUUGUCACUUGAAGAAUUCACAGCGACUUAUAGCCAAUAG